AUGACGAUUUUCAUACAAAAUAUUACUUGGUCAAUAAAAUUAUCACUAAAUGUAUUUUUGCUAUCCGGAAUGUGGAAACCCGAGGGCAUGAGCGUGUUUAAAAAUAUUUUGUAUUAUUUCUAUUUCUUCCUAUUUUACAUGUGUAUGACAGGAAUUUAUAUAAUUAUCCAAGCCGGCGACCUCUUGCUAAUUUGGGGAGACAUCUCUCUCAUGACCGCUAAUUUCUUCUUGCUUUUCACUAAUGUAGCACUCUCUGUUAAGAUGUUUAACAUUGUGUUGAGAGGAAGCGAGAUUAAAGCACUAGUGAGGGAUUGUGAUCGGGAACUCAGGGAAGAGACUACAGAAGACGGUAAAGUUAUCAUAGCAAGCUACAAAAAAGAAGCACAACGCCAACUUUACGUGUAUAUAUUUCUGACAUACGCCACGAUCUUGGGAUGGUCUCUUUCUGCAGAGAAAGGGCAGCUGCCGAUGAGGGCUUGGUAUCCGUUUGAUACGUCCAAGUCUCCGGCUUAUCAACUGACGUACGUUCAUCAGUGCCUUGCAGUUGCAAUAGGUGCAGGAGUGGAUGUCGGGACGGACACUCUAGUUACAUCUUUGGUGUCGCAGUGCCGCUGUCGGCUAAGGCUUUUAGAUCUGUCGCUACGGACUUUGUGCGAUGGCUUCCAGGUUGAAGAAACGGGUCUCAUUGCACCUGAUGCAGAGGAGGUGAUAUACCUUCGUCUCCGGCGCUGCGUGCAGCGUCACCGGGCCGUGUUGAACGACGCUCAGCUGCUGCAGGACUGCUUCUCUAUAGCCACGCUGUCACAGUUCACCGUCUCUAUAUUUAUUAUUUGCGUCACUGCUUAUCAAUUGGCGUUUGAAUCAAAAACUAUCAUCGGAGUGGCGUCCAUGAUAUUUUAUCUCGUUACCAUGAUGAUGCAGGUGUUCAUAUACUGCUAUCAAGGAAACCAGCUCGUUGUGGAGAGUGAGGCGAUAUCAGCAGCUGCAUACGAAUGCCCGUGGUACAGCUGCCGGGCGCCGCUCCGCCUGGCCCUGCUGGUCAUCAUGACGCGCGCCACACGCAGUUUUAAACUGACCGCUGCUAACCUUACUGAGUUGUCGCUUGCUACAUUUGUGUCUAUAAUAAAAGCAUCAUACACCUUUUUCACGGUUCUUCAAGGAGUUGUUGAUGUAUCGUAAUUCGUAAACUACUUGUAAAUUGUACAUCCUCUAAA